AUGACGAACUGGGCGGCGGCGGGUGGGAAGAGAGCCAUCUACUACUUGGUUGAUGAUUAUCGAACUCAGAGACAGUUACAUCAGAAGCUGUACGCGUAUCAGAAUUCAGAAGAGGUUCAGAGUUCCAUUGCUGUGGCGGUCGAUGAUAUUGGCUUGGUAGAUAGUGAUAAUGACAUUGUCAAUCACCAUGAUGAGGACAUGAUGACUGAUGUGGAGCUGUGGCAGCAACUUGAAAGUGAGUUGUACCGGAGGAGGGAGGGAGAAGACGAUGAAAUGGAGGAACAAGACCACAAGAGGCAUGGAGGAACAAGCACAAACUCGUUUUCCUCUUUCUUUUCUUGUAAAGGAAUUUACUGA